AUGGAUUCAAGUAAUCCGGAAAGCAGCUCCAAUCAUGCCAAAAAUGGCCCCAAGGCCAAGGGCCGACACGAGGAGAAACGCCCAGCGAGGAAGAGCUCAAACCAACUGCAGAAAGGAAUACAGGAUUUCCUGGAACGCCUACCGUCAUCAAUAUUCUCGGAUAAUGGUUUAUCGUUAGAAAUUAUCUCAUCUUCUCUCCCUAAACGAUACACUGUUUACCAACCCUUGCUACUGCUCUCUGCGAAUGCUUUCAGCGCCCCCGCACCCUGGGGUGCUCUCUACGCAGUAUUGAAUGAGGAUCAACGACAGGAUCUUUAUGCCUCGAUGCUUAAGGCUUUUAGUGGAACGAGCGUGACACAUAUGGCUAUCAACGCCCCUAUCACGCUCACAGACACCCAAGGCCACGAGAAUAGGAUGCGGAGUCCUGUGGGGUUGAUACCUCUGCAUGGGUAUUUUGGACAUUUGCGUUCGGGAGAUGGGGAAGAGGUGCAGCCGAUGGAGAGUGACUUUGAGAAUGCUCUCUGGGUUCGCACUUUGCAGAACAAUGGGAUUAUUCAAGUCUGGGCACCGCUUUACACGAUGUUCUCUCGCGGAAAUAUCACCGAAAAGGCUCGGAUAUUAGGCCAUGGGGGACUGUUUGAAGGACUUGACGAGCUUUCACUUGGGGGCGACUCUGUUGAGGAAAUCAGUGUUGUGGAUAUGUACGCGGGUAUUGGUUAUUUUGUCUUCUCAUAUCUGCGAAGAGGAGUCAAGAGAGUAUGGGGAUUUGAGCUCAAUGGCUGGUCGGUUGAAGGAUUACGAAGGGGGUGCAUGGAGAACGGAUGGGGAUGCAAAGUGGUCAAGGUGCAAAACGAUGGCAAGUUGGAUGAAUCCCUUCCGGAGCUGGUUCGCAAUCUCAAAGAUACGGAUCGUGUUGUCAUCUUUCAUGGGGACAACCGGUUUGCGGCGGACAUUAUAAAUGAAACUAAGGGCAUCAUGGAAGCCCAAGGAGCAUGGAGCAGUAUCAGACAUGUCAAUUUGGGACUUCUCCCAUCAUCACGUCCUGCUUGGGACAGUGCUUGCAAGAUGCUUGAUUUCCAGCGAGGAGGCUGGGCCCAUGUCCACGAAAAUGUUGCCAUUCAAGACAUCGACCAGAUGAAGGAAGAUAUCGUUUUCGAAAUGACGAGACUGCGGACUCAAGAUCAGGACCGAUUAAAACCGGCGAAAUUGGCGUUGGCUGCUGAAUGCCGACAUGUUGAGCAUGUUAAGACCUAUGCACCAGGAGUUAUGCAUUGCGUUUUCGACAUCAAGAUACCGUCUUAUGACAGCUGCCCCUAA